UCACACCCUCGUGUUUGGUUGAAGAGAUUCAUAUCCCGAGAUUGUAACACCUCUGUUUGGUUUGGGUUGCAUAAAGUAUAGAUAGGCAAUACGGAAUGACGGUGUUGUCCUCAAAUAUUUGUUAAAAUCCCAAUUUGCCCUCUUCAUCCCUAAAUUGGGGCUGCCAAUUUAAUACGCGGUAUACCCUAGCUCCCGCCCACGCAAUUGAUUCCGAAGGACUUCUCAAUCACCUUGUGGAAUCGACGACGGCGAACGAAGGUUGAAGCUCCACCACAGGUCUGUUAUUCGGUUAUCAGAAGUAGUUAGGCUGUUUUGCCAAUGUGAUUGUUGCUACCAAUCUGUGUUACGUAAUAUUUGAUGAAAGCCGAUGGCGGCGAAAGCUUAUUCAUGGUUUCGGUAUUGUGUCAACCUACAUCCAUACAUUUAUUGUGUUUGUUAUUUGCUUUCUUUGUUGCAUAUAAAACCAGGAAAUAAGUAUCACAAUUGCUUCAUCCUAUGGCAUCUCAACACCGAAGCGCUAAUGACAAUGACGGGAGUCCAUUACCAGAUGGUAGCUCAGAUAUGGUGCCCAACAAAGGGGUAAUAGCAGCUGCAGGUGCAGGUGCAAGACGUUGUUGGACAGAACGCGAGGAGACUAUUCUUAUGUCAGCCAUGAAAGAGUUGGCUGCAACCGGUUGGAAGUCCGAUAAUGGGUUUCGUUCAGGUUAUCUGACUCGUGCUCUGGAGGCACUUAAACGUGAAUUUCCAUAAACUGAUAUUUGUGUUCACCCUCACAUCAAGUCAAAAAUCACCACCUGGAAAAAGAAUUACUACUCUCUAAUGCAAAUACUUGACCGUAGUGGAGUUGGUUUCAAUGCGGAUGGUGACUUCAAGAUAGACAUCGAUGAUGAACAAUGGACACAAGUUGUGGCGAAAGACAUUAAUGCCAAGUACAUGAGGAAUAAGUCGUGGCCAAUGUUCAAUGACUGGAAGGAGAUUUUCGGCAAGGACCGUGCGGAUGGGCUUAAUGUAAUGGACACCGGGGAGGCUGUUCAAAAGAUAUAUGGUUCUAAGGUUGAUGCUGGUUCAAGUUCAGCCAAAUCUUCACCGAUGACCUUAGAUGAACUAUUCUCAGAUGAAGUUUUUACUGGAGGUGUAGUGCCUGAGAUGGUAGAUGAGAGCACCUCGGCCCCGGCACCAGCGAGACUACCUGCGAGGGUACCAACCAAAUUGUAUCCAAAAAAGAGGAAGGCCGAGGACAAAAUGGACAGUGUCCUUGCUAUGAUGAAUCGCAUCCAUGAAGGCACCAAUGAGCGGCUGAAGGACAUAUCUAACCGAAUUGGUUAUGAGUUUGAUUUAAGCACAAAGAGAACCGAGGUCUUCAACCAGCUGAAAGGCAUGGCCGGGCUCACCAUCAAACAACAGUUUUAUGCGGCAAAGAAGUUAGUAAAGGAGCCAGAGCUAAUGGAUCUGUUCAGGGGAUUGGAUGAAUGGGCACGGCCGGCGUUUGUGCUUGAUCUCCUGGAGACGGAUGGAAUGAUUUGAAAUUGGUGAAGUAUGUUGCUUUUGUAUGUAUGUUCCAUCUAAAGCUCCUAGACAACCCUACAAUGUCAACAGUUGGAAUAGCAUUAGUAUACCGUAUAAUACACCCAACAGCGAGAUUACACAUACCUUAAAACACUUCCAUCGUGAGUCCGUGCAGUCAUCCCCAACCGGUUCCGGUUUAACCAAAAAAAUGUCAUGCAAAGUAAGCACCCCACGUAGCACAACAUGAGUGUACUUAGAAACUGUUUCAGAAGAACGCAUGAAAUCGUGUCCUACAACCCGU